AUGCUAGACCCUUGUUCUUUUUAUUUUGCACACGCUAGGCCCUUGCCCUUGUUCUUGCUAUUUUGCACACGCCAUGCCCUUGUUCUUUUUUUUUGCACACGCCACCCCAUUCUCCCGCUUUCCAUCACCCCGCCACAUUCUCCCGCUUUCUAUCACCCCGCCCCAUUCUCCCUCCUUCCAUCACCCCGCCCCAUUCUCCCGCUUUCCAUCACCCCGCCCCAUUCUCCUUCUUUCCAUCACCCCGCCACAUUCUCCCACUUUCCAUCACCCCGCCCCCUUCUCUCUCCUUCCAUCACCACGCCCCAUUCUCCCUCCUUCCAUCACCCCGCCCCAUUCUCCCGCUUUCCAUCAGCCCGCCCCAUUCUCCCGCUUUCCAUCACCCCGCUCCAUUCUCCCGCUUUCUAUCUCCCCGCCCCAUUCUCUCGCUUUCCAUCACCCCGCCCCAUUCUCCCUCUUUCCAUCACCCCGCCCCAUUCUUCCGCUUCCCAUCAUCCCGCCCCAUUCCCCCACUUUCCAUCACCCCUCCCCAUUCUCCCUCCUUCCAUCACCCCACCCCAUUCUCUUGCUUUCCAUCACCCCGCCCCAUUCUCCCGCUUUCCAUCACCCCGCCCCAUUCUCCCGCUUUCCAUCACCCCGCCCCAUUCUCCCUCCUUCCAUCACCCCGCCCCAUUCUCCCGCUUUCCAUUACCCCGCCCCAAUCUCCCUCCUUCCAUCACCCGGCCCCAUUCUCCCUCAUUCUAUCACCCCGCCCCAUUCUCCCGCUUUCCAUCACCACGCCCCAUUCUCCUGCUUCCCAUAACCCCACCCCAUUCUCCCGCUUUCCAUCACCCCGCCACAUUUUCCCACUUUCCAUCGCCCCGCUCCCUUCUCUCUCCUUCCAUCACCCCACCCCAUUCUCCCUCCUUCCAUCACCCCGCCCCAUUCUCCCGCUUUCCAUCAGCCCGCCCCAUUCUCCCGCUUUCCAUCACCCCGCCCCUUUCUCCCGCUUUCCAUCUCCCCGCCCCAUUCUCCCGCUUUCCAUCACCCCGCCCCAUUCUCCCGCUUUCCACCACCCCGCCCCAUUCUUCCGCUUCCCAUCAUCCCGCCCCAUUCCCCGCUUUCCAUCACCCCGCCCCAUUCUCCCCCUUUCCAUCACCCGCCCCAUUCUCUCGCUUUCCAUCACCUCGCCCCAUUCUCCCGCUUUCCAUCACUCCGCCCCAUUCUCCCGCUUUCCAUCACCCCGCCCCAUUUUCCCGCUUUCCAUCACCCUGCCCCAUUCUCCCGCUUUCCAUCACCCCGCCCCCCCCAUUCUCCCGCUUUCCAUCACCCCGCCCCAUUUUCCCGCUUUCCAUCACCCCGCCCCAUUCUCCCGCUUUCCAUCACCCUGCCCCAAUCUCCCGCUUUCCAUCACCCCACCCCAUUCUCCUUCCUUCCAUCACCCCGCCCCAUCCUCCCGCUUUCCAUCACCCCGCCCCAUUCUCCCGCUUUCCAUCACCCCGCCCCAUUCUCCCUCCUUCCAUCACCCCGCCCCAUUCUCGCGCUUUCCAUCACCCCGCCCCAUUCUCCCUCCUUCCAUCACCCCGCCCCAUUCUCCCUCCUUCCAUCACCCCGCCCCAUUCUCCCUCCUUCCAUCACCCCGCCCCCAUUCUCCCGCUUUCCAUCACCCCGCCCCUUUCUCCCGCUUCCCAUAACCCCACCCCCUUCUCCCGCUUUCCAUCACACCGCCACAUUCUCCCGCUUUCUAUAACCCCGCCCCAUUCUCCCUCCUUCCAUCACUCCGCCCCAUUCUCCCGCUUUCCAUCACCCCGCCCCAUUCUCCUGAUUUCCAUCACCCCACCCCAUUCUCCCGCUUUCCAUCACCCCACCCCAUUCUCCCGCUUUCCAUCACCCCGCCCCAUUCUCCCGCUUUCCAUCAUCCUGCCCCAUUCUCCCUCCUUCCAUCACCCCGCCCCAUUCUCCCGCUUUCCAUCACUCCGCCCCAUUCUCCCUCCUUCCAUCACCCCGCCCCAUUCUCCCUCCUUCCAUCACCCCGCCCCAUUCCCCCGCUUUCCAUCACCCCGCCCCAUUCUCCCGCUUCCCACAACCCCACCCCAUUCUCCCGCUUUCCAUCACCCCGCCCCCCUUCUCUCUCCUUCCAUCACCCCGCCCCAUUUUCCCUCCUUCCAUCACCCCGCCCCAUUCUCCCGCUUUCCAUCAGCCCGCCCCAUUCUCCCGCUUUCCAUCACCCCUCCCCUUUCUCCCGCUUUCCAUCCCCCCGCCCCAUUCUCCCGCUUCCCAUCACCCUGCCCCAUUCUCCCGCUUUCCAUCACCCCGCCCCAUUCUUCCGCUUCCCAUCAUCCCGCCCCAUUCCCCCGAUUUCCAUCACCCCUCCCCAUUCUCCCUCCUUCCAUCACCCCGCCCCAUUCUCUCGCUUUCCAUCACCCCGCCCCAUUCUCCCGCUUUCCAUCACCCCGCCCCAUUCUCCCGCUUUCCAUCACCCCGCCCCAUUCUUCCUCCUUCCAUCACCCCGCCCCAUUCUCCCGCUUUCCAUCACCCCGCUUCAUUCUCCCUCCUUCCAUCACCCCGCCCCAUUCUUCCUCAUUCCAUCACCCCGCCCCAUUCUCCCGCUUUCCAUCACCCCGCCCCAUUCUCUCGCUUUCCAUCACCCCACCCCAUUCUCCCGCUUUCCAUCACCCCGCCCCAUUCUCCCGCUUUCCAUCACCCCGCUCCAUUCUCCCGCUUUCCAUCUCCCUGCCCCAUUCUCCCGCUUUCCAUCACCCCGCCCCAUUCUCCCGCUUUCCAUCACCCUGCCCCAUUCUCCCGCUUCCCAUCAUCCCGCCCCAUUCCCCCGCUUUCCAUCACCCCUCCCCAUUCUCCCUCCUUCCAUCACCCCGCCCCAUUCUCCCGCUUUCCAUCACCCCGCCCCAUUCUCCCUCCUUCCAUCACCCCGCCCCAUUCUCCCUCCUUCCAUCACCCCGCCCCAUUCUCCCGCUUUCCAUCACCCCGCCCCAUUCUCCCGCUUCCCAUAACCCCACCCCAUUCUCCCGCUUUCCAUCACCCCGCCACAAUCUUCCACUUUCCAUCACCCCGCACCCUUCUCUCUCCUUCCAUCACCCCGCCCCAUUCUCCCUCUUUCCAUCACCCCGCCCCAUUCUCCCGCUUUCCAUCACCCCGCCCCAUUCUCCCGCUUUCCGUCACCCCGCCCCAUUCUCCCGCUUUCCAUCACCCCGCCCCAUUCUCCCGCUUUCCAUCACCCCGCCCCAUUCUCCCGCUUUCCAUCUCCCCGCCCCAUUCUCCCUCCUUCCAUCACCCCGCCCCAUUCUCCCUCCUUCCGUCACCCCGCCCCAUUCUCCCGCUUACCAUCACCCCGCCCCAUUCUCCCUCUUUCCAUCACCCCGCCCCAUUCUCCCGCUUUCCAUCACCCCGCCCCAUUCUCCCUCCUUCCAUCUCCCCGCCCCAUUCUCCUGCUUUCCAUCACCCCGCCCCAUUCUCCCUCCUUCCAUCACCCCGUCCCGUUCUCCCUCCUUCCAUCACCCCGCCCCAUUCUCCCGCUUUCCAUCACCCCGCCCCAUUCUCCCGCUUCCCAUAACCCCGCCCCAUUCUCCCUCAUUCCAUCACCCCGCUCCAUUCUCCCGCUUUCCAUCACCCCGCCCCAUUCUCCCGCUUCCCAUAACCCCACCCCAUUCUCCUGCUUUCCAUCACCCCGCCACAUUUUCCCACUUUCCAUCACCCCGCCCCCUUCUUCCUUCUUCCAUCACCCCGGCCCAUUCUCCCUCCUUCCUUCACCCCGCCCCAUUCUCCCGCUUUCCAUCACCCUGCCCCAUUCUCCCGCUUUCCAUCACACCACCCCAUUCUCCCGCUUUCCAUCACCCCGCCCCAUUCUUCCGCUUCCCAUCAUCCCGCCCCAUUCCCCCGCUUUCCAUCACCCCUCCCCAAUCUCCCUCCUUCCAUCACCCCGCCCCAUUCUCCCACUUUCCAUCACCCGCCCCAUUCUCCCGCUUUCCAUCACCUCGCCCCAUUCUCCCGCGUUCCAUCACCCCGCCCCAUUCUUCUGCUUUCCAUCACCCCGCCCCAUUCUCCCGCUUUCCAUCACCCUGCCCCAUUCACCCGCUUUCCAUCACCCGCCCCAUUCUCCCGCUUUCCAUCACCCCGCCCCAUUCUCCCACUUUCCAUCACCCCGCCCCAUUCUCCCGCUUUUCAUCACCCCGCCCCAUUCUCCCGCUUUCCAACACCCCAGCCCAUUCUCUCGCUUUCCAUCACCCCGCCCCCUUCUUCCUCCUUCCAUCACCCGCCCCAUUCUCCCGCUUUCCAUCACCCCGCUCCAUUCUCCCGCUUUCCAUCUCCCUGCCCCAUUCUCCCGCUUUCCAUCACCCCGCCCCAUUCUCCCGCUUUCCAUCACCCUGCCCCAUUCUCCCACUUCCCAUCAUCCCGCCCCAUUCCCCCGCUUUCCAUCACCCCUCCCCAUUCUCCCUCCUUCCAUCACCCCGCCCCAUUCUCCCGCUUUCCAUCACCCCGCCCCAUUCUCCCUCCUUCCAUCACCCCGCCCCAUUCUCCCUCCUUCCAUCACCCCGCCCCAUUCUCCCGCUUUCCAUCACCCCGCCCCAUUCUCCCGCUUCCCAUAACCCCACCCCAUUCUCCCGCUUUCCAUCACCCCGCCACAAUCUUCCACUUUCCAUCACCCCGCACCCUUCUCUCUCCUUCCAUCACCCCGCCCCAUUCUCCCUCUUUCCAUCACCCCGCCCCAUUCUCCCGCUUUCCAUCAGCCCGCCCCAUUCUCCCGCUUUCCAUCACCCCUCCCCUUUCUCCCGCUUUCCAUCUCCCCGCCCCAUUCUCCCGCUUUCCAUCACCCCGCCCCAUUCUCCCGCUUUCCAUCACCCCGCCCCAUUCUUCCGCUUCCCAUCAUCCCGCCCCAUUCCCCCGCUUUCCAUCACCCCUCCCCAUUCUCCCUCCUUCUAUCACCCCGCCCCAUUCUCUUGCUUUCCAUCACCCCGCCCCGUUCUCCCGCUUUCCAUCACCCCGACCCAUUCUCCCGCUUUCCAUCACCCCGCCCCAUUCACCCGCUUUCCAUCACCCGCCCCAUUCUCCCGCUUUCCAUCACCCCGCCCCAUUCUCCCUCCUUCCAUCACCCUGCCCCAUUCUCCCUCAUUCCAUCACCCCGCUCCAUUCUCCCGCAUUCCAUCACCUCGCCCCAUUCUCCCGCUUUCCAUCACCCCGCCACAUUUUCCCACUUUCCAUCACCCCGACCCCUUCUCUCUCCUUCCAUCACCCCGACCCCUUCUCCCUCCUUCCAUCACCCCGCCCCAUUCUCCCGCUUUCCAUCAGCCCGCCCCAUUCUCCCGCUUUCCAUCACCCCGCCCCUUUCUCCCGCUUUCCAUCUCCCCGCCCCAUUCUCCCGCUUUCCAUCACAACGCCCCAUUCUCCCGCUUUCCAUCACCCCGCCCCAUUCUUCCGCUUCCCAUCAUCCCGCCCCAUUCCCCCGCUUUCCAUCACCCCUCCCCAUUCUCCCUCCUUCCAUCACCCCGCCCCUUUCUCCCGCUUUCCAUCUCCCCGCCCCAUUCUCCCGCUUUCCAUCACCCGCCCCAUUCUCCCGCUUUCCAUCACCUCGCCCCAUUCUCCCGCUUUCCAUCACCCCGCCCCAUUCUUCUGCUUUCCAUCACCCCGCCCCAUUCUCCCGCUUUCCAUCACCCUGCCCCAUUCACCCGCUUUCCAUCACCGGCCCCAUUCUCCCGCUUUCCAUCACCCCGGCCCAUUCUCCCACUUUCCAUCACCCCGCCCCAUUCUCCUGCUUUUCAUCACCCCGCCCCAUUCUCCCGCUUUCCAACACCCUGGCCCAUUCUCUCGCUUUCCAUCACCCCGCCCCCUUCUUCCUCUUUCCACCACCCCGCCCCGUUCUCCCUCCUUCCUUCACCCCGCCCUAUUCUCCCGCUUUCCAUCACCCUGCCCCAUUCUCCCGCUUUCCAUCACCCCGCACCAUUCUCCCGCUUUCCAUCACCCCGCCCCAUUCUCCCGCUUUCCAUCACCCCGCCCCAUUCUCCCGCUUUCCAUCACCCCGCGCCAUUCUUCCGCUUUCCAUCACCCCGCCCCCUUCUCCCUCCUUCCAUCACCCCGCCCCAUUCUCCCUCCUUCCAUCACCCCGCCCCAUUCUCCCGCUUUCUAUCAGCCCGCCCCAUUCUCCCGCUUUCCAUCACCCCGCCCCUUUCUCCCGCUUUCCAUCUCCCUGCCCCAUUCUCCCGCUUUCCAUCACCCCGCCCCAUUCUCCCGCUUUCUAUCACCCCGCCCCAUUCUCCCGCUUCCCAUCAUCCCGCCCCAUUCCCCCGCUUUCCAUCACCCCUCCCCAUUCUCCCUCCUUCCAUCACCCCGCCCCAUUCUCCCGCUUUCCAUUACACGCCCCAUUCUCCCGCUUUUCCAUCACCUCGCCCCAUCUCCCGCUUUCCAUCACCUCGCCCCAUUCUCCUGCUUUCCAUCACCCCGCCCCAUUCACCCACUUUCCAUCACCCGCCCCAUUCUCCCGCUUUCCAUCACCCCGCCCCAUUCUCCCACUUUCCAUCACCCCGCCCCAUUUUCCCGCUUUCUAUCACCCUGCCCCAUUCUCACGCUUUCCAUCACCCUGCCCCAAUCUCCCGCAUUCCAUCACCCCGCCCCAUUCUCCCUCCUUCCAUCACCCCGCCCCAUUCUCCCGCUUUCCAUCACCCCGCCCCAUUCUCCCGCUUUCCAUAA